CUGACCCAUAUACAGCCAUGGCAACCACUGCUGAUGAUGAUACUCAGUUCUGGCGACAGAACCAGAGCAUGGUGACCGAUGAGUUCCCCCACCUCGACAUCAUCAACGACCUGCUCGAAGAUGAAAAUGGCAGCAAUGGAGGAAAUGGAUUCCAUGUGCCACAACUGUUCAACCUCUGCCGCCAGUUCGCACAUUAUCAAGGAACAGGGCUCUCGGGUGGUGAUGAGUUGUUGUCUUGCAGGUCACGGAAGAGUUACAGUGAUGAAGGAUUUGGCCAUGGCGAUUGGGAAUACAUGCAUCAUCAUGCCUCUGCUUCGGCAAACAUGGACCUGUCUUUGCUGUCGAUGAUGAAUCCGGAUGAGUCGGGUUGCCCGAGUUUAUCGUCAAGCAUCAAUGGCUGUUCUGAAUUCAGGCCUUCAAACGGGCACUGAGGAAACAUGCCAUUCAAAAGAGGGGGGAGGGAUCUUGCUUCUUUAAGGACUGGUAUCGUGUAACCUUAUAAUUAUAUACCAUCAUCAAGAGACAUCUUUUCAAGAUAAGUUGCAUCUGAUUCAAGUAACAAGGUGGGUGAUUUGAUCGCGAAUACGUCGUCGUUUCAUCCUGAAUUGUGUUUCUAAAUUGCAACACGUGUCGUUUUUUGGUUGGGCGGCUUAUAACGCGGAAGCUUUCGGUGGAUUUCA